AUGGAGAAGGAGACGACGGGUGAAGCGCGGGAGCGUGCAAAAUGGCAGUACUAUUAUGGCCAGUUGAAGACGCUGCUCAAGACGGACCCAGUGUUCAAGAUGUUAAGUCCCAAGGUGAUUGGUCCUCUGGAUAAGCCGAUCUCGGUCCCACUUCACGGGACCAACAAAGUCGACGAGAUCAAUGUGAUUUUGCAGAUGUUGGACGACAUGGGUAUCUGCCCUGACGCUUUUGAUGGAGAUGAACUGCUGAGUUGCAGCUUGGAACAGUUGAAGGACGCGGCGAAUGAGUUUGUAGAGAUCAUGAUAAUGCUGGUGGGCAAAGCGAAUACUCCUGAAGACAAGAUCGGGACGCCCUCGGGCUCGCUCUGUAAACACCCCGCGGGAUCGCCCCGCUACGCCUCGGAUGACUCCGAGAGCGAGUCAGAUGGAUCCAUCAGCAUUCGUCAGAUGUCUCUAGGACCAUCGGGUGGAAGGUUCUUAAAGGACAAGAUCGGACAAGCCAAGAUCGACGCCUAUAAGGGACAAGCCAAGAGCAACAUGCCGCAGAGAUCGGCCACUACCCGCACUGGGCUGGAGGAUCAAGAAGAGGGCGAUCUAAGUCGGUACUUCAAUUCAGCCAUGAAGAAGUACGAGGCGGAUCAACGUACAGCUCAGCGAAUGAAUCGACAGCCAAACCGCUACCCAGAUCGACGUACUUUGCUCCAACCUUCACACGAAAGCCUUGACAUGCCGGAUGUGGAGAUGGAGUCGGUGGGGUCGGACAUUUACCAACAUAUCCAUGAGGGGGCGGAGAUACGACCCGGAUGA